AUGCGCAGCGGCCGCACCGCCACCACGCGCAGCAGCCUGUCUUUUGGACAGGAGGACGAACAGGACGCAGGGGCCGGGGCGGGCGAUGGCGGCGAUGGUGGCGGCGGCGGCGGCGAGCCGCUGCGCGGGGCUGCCGCCGAUAGUUCGCCCGUGCACCUGAAGCGCCAGGUGCAGAGCCUGCUGCAGCGCACAGACUCGAUGCUCAGCCGCAGCAGCGACCGCAGCACCACCCGCCAGCGCAGCGCCACCACGUCGGAGCACAACAUACAGGCGCCGGCCCUCGGCCACGCGCAGGCGCCGAGCCCCUUGGAGACCCGCGAGGGCUUUGGGUUUUUGGAGGAUCACCCGGACCACGACGCCGCAGAGACGCCGACCCUGCGCGGCAACGGCGGCGCCGCAGCAGCGCUGGGGCUGCGCAGCCCCAGCAUCCGGCGGCGCGCGGUCGCGUUCGAGGACGCCGGGGGCGGCGGAGGCGGCAGCAGCAGCCGCUUCGGCGGGACGCCGUUUGGCCAGUCGCUGGCCUCCUCGGCGGCAGUCCCCAGCGGCGGCGGCCGCGGGGCGCUUCAGCUGUCUUCAUCGUUCCAGCGGCGUCGGCUGUCCCAGACCUCCGACACGCCAAGCAUGCAUUCGCCGGGCAGCGACGUGCAGGGGGUGGGCGGGCUGGGGGGCCUGGCGCGCUACGCGCCGACCAGCCGGUCCCCAUCUCAGGCUGCACUCAACGAGAUGGCAGACAGGGACGGGGACGAAGGGACGCGGUGCGCCAGCCCGUUCUCGCAGCGCGCCUCCCCCUCGCCCUCGCCCUCCCCCGACCGCGCCUACGACAGUGGCGCGUCGGCAGACCGCACCACGGUGGUCCUCGGCAAGAGCGCCUCCUUCCAGGUGCAGCGCGACAGGGACCGCUCCGCGUCCGCGGCCGCCGCCGACGGCAGCGGCAGCGGCGGCGGCGAGGGGCGGCGCGCGACGCACUACCAGAACUUUGCGCCCCUGGAGGAUCUGGUCAACGCGGUCGUGACGGAGAGCGUCCGCAGAUCUUCCGCGGCGGCGAUGACGUCGAUGGGCGGCGCGAGCGCCGCGAGCGGCGGCGGCGGGGCUGGCGGCGGCGGAGCGGGGGCGCCUGCGCUGUCGGUGCGCAAGGGAGUGCUGCCAAUGCUGCAGCCCGAGUUCAUCCUCACGCCGAAAGUGUCCAGGCUCAAGGCUGAGCUGGCAAUGCUCGCUCGGCGCCAGCCGCCGCAGCUGCUGCGAUUUGAGGAGCAGUUGGAGCGCGUGGUGGCGCGGCUGCAGGGGUUUGACGAGCUCGACUGCGCCUCUGGCAAGGUGGAGUACGCCGGCCUCGCGUCGCUGGCGGCGGCGCCUAACAGGCGGGCUCCAGCGGUGGCGGCGCUCAAGGAGCCCGUGCAGACGAUGGAGGCCGCGUUUGCAAAGCUCAUGGCGGGCCAGGCGGCGCUGCGAGGCGCGGCGCUGGGCGCAGGGGACGGGGCCGGCGCCCACACCUUGGGCGCCCGCAGCAGCGUCGGCGGCCCGGGGCCGGUGGCGCCGGACGGCGGGGGGCGGCGAGGGCGACGCAAGAGCAGCUGGCCGGCGCUGGCGUGGCGCGCAACAGCCAGCUCCAGCGGUGGCAGCAGCAGCAGCAGCAGCAGCAGCAGCAGCAGCAGCAGCAGCAGCAGCAGCAGCAGCAGCAGCAGCAGCAGCAGCAGGGCGCAGCUGCAGCCUGCGCGGGGCCCAUAG